AGUUCAGCGGCCCCGAGAGUCCGGGGAGGGAGGUUUAUUCUCCGCCUGCACGAGUCUGUGAAAUCCGCAACCAUGAGCAGGAGAGGCGGCCCUGGUGGGGAAGAGGCCACCAACAUCUGGACGGCAGGUAAGUUCCGACGCUUCUGCAGCGAGCGCGGGAGGAGGGACCUGAGGCACGGCUAACACUCAGAGAAAACUACCGGCUGAGGGUCCCUGGUCUGAGUGCUUGGGACCGGAAGAGUUUCGGAGUUCAGAUUUUUGCAGAUUUUGGAAUAUCUGCAGGUACAGAAUGAGAAAGCUAAAUACGAAAUUCAUUUGUGUUUCAUACACACCUUAUACACACUGCCUGAAGGCAACUUUAUAAAAACACUUUUAACAAUUUCAUGCAUAAAACAAACUUUGAACUGUGCCUGAACUGCAGCCCGCCACACGAGGUCAGGUGUGGAAUUUUCCACUUGUGUCACGACGCUCCAACAGUGUCAGACUGUGGGGCACUCUGGAUUUCAGAUUUCCAGAUGCUUAACCAGUACUCAGAUUCCUAAGUUACUUGUCAGAAAUGCCUAUUUCUUGGGAUUACACUUCUCUCUGCAAAUGUCUGUGAAAUUCCUGUUAAAUUCUUUAUGGAUCAUGCACAUGCUACUAAGUUAAUUAUGAAAUUUAGUGUUUAACGCAGGUCAGUUGCAAAAACAAGAAUAUUGCUUGCUUCAACCCAGGAGGACAGGUUAUUGCCUAAAAGAUACACAACACCUAGUAUGAUGCCUUCAAACUUAAAGAAACGUUUGUAUCUGUGGGUGAAGAAAAGCAGUUAAACCAGAAACUUCCAUAAAAACAAGUCUAGUGGAACUGAGCUGAUUGCCAAAGUGUAGGAGAAAAAGCGCCAGCAAAAAAAUGGUUAACACUAGCCUUCUGAGGAGGCCGCCCAGAGCCUGGCCAGAGAGGAGCCAGAGAGGAGCGGGCGGAGGGGGCCUAUAAAGCCCUGUGCCAAGGGGCAGACUCACUGGCUCAGAGGGAGGACGCACCCGCCAGCCAGCCGGGAACCUUCCCUCGCGGGCUCCCAGGGCGGGUCUCUUCCUCUCUCUAGCCCUGCUCAGGCAUUCGGCAGGUCCAGCAGAGGUACACCUCCUGCAGCGGGUUCCAAGUGCACCUCCAGCCUGAUGGGCCUGACCAAGGAGGCUUCCAGGAGCACAGAAGGGGCUGCAACCCAGGUACCCAGAGAGUGAGCGGCUCCACGCAGGACUGUGCACGGUGGCCGACACCCGCAGGGACGCCCGCCGGACGAGCACGCGGAGGGCCCUCGCCUCCACGGAUGCACCAUGCCGGUGUGCGGAGCAUCUGUUCUUCCCACUCUCUGCAGUUAACAAACCCAACCCAAACCACCACAGGUGCUCCUCCUGGGGAGUUUCCUGUCUGACAAAUGCCAGGCUCACUUCAAGGAGAAUCACGCUUCUUUCUAAAGAUGGAUUCACCAUUUAAAACAGAGCUCUGGGAGCCUUUCGGCAAAUCUUGAAAGCUACACGGCGCAGAGACAUGGAUGUGACUUCCCAAGCCCGGGGCGUGGGCCUGGAGAUGUACCCGGGCACCGCGCAGCCUGCGGCCCCCAACACCACCUCCCCCGAGCUCAACCUGUCCCACCCGCUCCUGGGCACCGCCCUGGCCAAUGGGACAGGUGAGCUCUCAGAGCACCAGCAGUACGUGAUCGGCCUGUUCCUCUCGUGCCUCUACACCAUCUUCCUCUUCCCCAUCGGCUUUGUGGGCAACAUCCUGAUCCUGGUGGUGAACAUCAGCUUCCGCGAGAAGAUGACCAUCCCCGACCUGUACUUCAUCAACCUGGCGGUGGCGGACCUCAUCCUGGUGGCCGACUCCCUCAUCGAGGUGUUCAACCUGCACGAGCGGUACUACGACAUCGCCGUCCUGUGCACCUUCAUGUCGCUCUUCCUGCAGGUCAACAUGUACAGCAGCGUCUUCUUCCUCACCUGGAUGAGCUUCGACCGCUACAUCGCCCUGGCCAGGGCCAUGCGCUGCAGCCUGUUCCGCACCAAGCACCACGCCCGGCUGAGCUGCGGCCUCAUCUGGAUGGCAUCCGUGUCGGCCACGCUGGUGCCCUUCACCGCCGUGCACCUGCAGCACACCGACGAGGCCUGCUUCUGUUUCGCGGAUGUCCGGGAGGUGCAGUGGCUCGAGGUCACGCUGGGCUUCAUCGUGCCCUUCGCCAUCAUCGGCCUGUGCUACUCCCUCAUCGUCCGGGUGCUGGUCAGGGCGCACCGGCACCGCGGGCUGCGGCCCCGGCGGCAGAAGGCGCUCCGCAUGAUCCUCGCGGUGGUGCUGGUCUUCUUCGUCUGCUGGCUGCCGGAGAACGUCUUCAUCAGCGUGCACCUCCUGCAGCGGACGCAGCCUGGGGCCGCUCCCUGCAAGCAGUCUUUCCGCCAUGCCCACCCCCUCACGGGCCACAUUGUCAACCUCGCCGCCUUCUCCAACAGCUGCCUAAACCCCCUCAUCUACAGCUUUCUCGGGGAGACCUUCAGGGACAAGCUGAGGCUGUACAUUGAGCAGAAAACAAAUUUGCCGGCCCUGAACCGCUUCUGUCACGCUGCCCUGAAGGCCGUCAUUCCAGACAGCACCGAGCAGUCGGAUGUGAGGUUCAGCAGUGCCGUGUAGACAGCCUUGGCCGCAGAGGCCCAGCCAGGGUGUGACUCGGGAGCUGCACACACCUGGGUGGACACAAGGCACGGCCACGUCAUGUCUCUAAACUGCGGUCAGAUGUGGCUUCUGGCUCCUCGGGGCCUCGCGAGGGUCACGCUUGCCUGGUCACCCUGGGGCUGCUUAGGAAACCUCACGACUGGUCACCUUGCACUCCUCACACAGAAUUGCUACAAUCCCAAAGCGCUCGCCCCGCAGGGUCCAAAGGCCAGCGGUGACCAGCCUGUCGCCCAGCUCCUCCCCGCCAACCCUGCCUGCCGCCGCACCUGCCUGCCGCUGCAGGAAACAUUUCUGACACCGUCAACCAGGAAAGCCACACGGAGAGGCCACUGUGGGUGAAGCGCCUCAGUUACACAGGAACCCUAAAGCAAAUCUGCCACCAUGGGGGAACUGACGCUGGAGAUGCAAGGUGCUGGUGGGUCUGAGCUGGACGUCGUGGUGUGUCCUCUGUGCCCACGGUCAGAGCUAGCUAGCGCACCGCCGAGUUAAAGAGGAGAAGGAAAACAUGCUGCUCUGGUGCACGCCUGAGCGUCCUCCAUCUUCCAGGACGGCAGCAAUGGCGCUAUGCGGCCUCACCAGGCCCACGAGGAGCAGCAGCGCUCGGCCCGUGGCAGCAGGAGGGCCCCUCUGUGGAGCGCCCAGCCCGUGGCAGCAGGAGGGCCCCUCUGUGGAGUGCCCGCCGUCUGCUCCGGGGUGGUUCAGUCGCUGCUUGUUGACAUCAACAUGGCAAUUGCACUCAUGUGGACUGGGACCGUGCGAGCUGCCGUGUGGGUUAGUCGGGUGCCAGGACAAUGAAAUACUCCAGCACGUGUGGCUGACGAAUUUGUUUCUACAGAAAUAACAGCUGGGGACAACUGCAGUGAUGAUGUAAAAACCUUCCCAUAAAAUGUAAGAAAAGCUGAUGAGGCUGGUGACGUUCAGCCUUUGUCAAUAAACCUGUCAUGUGCGGA